GUGUUUGGUACCUGUCAAAAUUUAUGAAGCUACUUCUUAUUUAUAGCAAGAACGCUAGAUAUGUGGGUGGAGCAUUAGCCUUCUUAGAACAAGAUAAGAGAGGGAAAGAGACAGAGGGAGAGACAGGAACACAACUACAAUCCUCUUCUCUAAUGUUUCUUGCUCAAAUGAGUAUUCCAAACGCAGUUUUUCACUCAAAAAUUUGUUUGAUUUCUGGGACUGGAUAUUAUUUGGGUUGGGGCUGCUGUGAGCUGAGAUGCUCAUCUGAGCAAGUAAUGUUUGAAGUGGAGGAGGAAAAAAAAACAGAACAAGAAGCGGCAAUGAAGCAGUUGUUGUCAGAUAAGUUUUUAUUCUUGCACUCUAAUUUUCUUUUCCAUUGUUUGCAUAUUUACAUACAACUAAUUCAAUUUAUAAAAAUAAUUCUAUAUUUUUUGAUGAACUAUAUUUACUAUGGAAGAUUGCUUUGUUUCUUGUACUACGAAGAGAACUUCUUUUUUUUUUUUUUUUUUUGUUGUUGUUGGGUAUCUUAAGACUAACUGAACAAGAUUUCCAUGUGAUUCUCUUUACGACGAUUGGUGGAAUAAGAUUUCUUCAUACUUACUUCAUUCUUCUGUUUAAACCUUCACCACCACCACAAGAAAAGAUUAUUCCACCUCCUAAAGAAAGUUUCAGCUGCCACCAGUGAAUCAUAAUAUCAUAUGAAUGUUGGUUAUUCUUGAGAUUGUUCCCUCCACAGACUCUUGUUAACUUUACAGAGAUAUGUUUACAUGUAUUUAUAUUUAUGGAAGACACUAUCAAGUGAAUGUUGAUGUUUUCCUUGCAAAGAAGUAAAAAUAGGUUUACUAAUAGAACAAGAUUCAAAAUGAAAUUUACAAAUCUUAGUAAAGCAAUUGCACCAAAAUCACUUCACCCACAAACCAAGCAAAGCAUCUCCAACUCCCAAGUCCCUACUUCUUCAGAACUCAUGGCUGUCCUCCUAUUACAUGUAUCAUUCACCUACCUUCAUCUACCCACUUCGCACUCAUGGACAAGAAUCUCUACUAUGCUCUUUUGGCUUCAAUUUUCCGCGACUUGUCACUUGUGCUCCUUGCAUCAACCCUUCUCCCAGGUAUGCUUGUGUUGAUUAUAUAUUUUCUUUAGCAAAAUUAUUAGUAAAACUGAUAAAGAUGGAGGAUUUUGCGUUCAUAGGUGUGGAGGGAGCAAUUGGAAUAAACUACGGAACGGUGGCUAACAACCUUCCUCAACCGGCACAAGUAGCACAGUUUCUCCUGGAAUCCACCAUCAUCAACCGAGUGAAGCUCUUUGAUGCUAACCCAGAAAUACUAAAAGCCUUUGCACACACUGGAAUUGAAGUCACAAUUACUAUCCCAAACGACCAAAUCCCGAACCUCACAAAACUAAGUUUUGCACAACAAUGGCUCAAAGAGAACAUCCAACCUUUCACACCUUCAACAAACAUUGUUCGGAUCCUCGUUGGCAACGAAGUGUUGUCAACUGCAAACAAGUUGUUCAUAUACAGCCUUGUACCAGCUAUGCAAUCCCUUCACACAGCCCUCGUCGGUGCAUCGCUUGACCGAAGAAUCAAAGUCUCCACGCCUCACUCGCUUGGCAUUUUAUCAAACUCAAGUCCACCUUCUGCUGGAAAAUUCCGACAAGGCUACGAUGUUCAUGUCAUUAAACCACUACUUAGUUUCCUCAGAGCCACAAACUCUCCUUUCUUGGUGAACCCAUAUCCAUUCUUUGGUUUCUCUGCUGAUACACUCGAUUAUGCUCUGUUCAGGCCCAACAUAGGAGUGUUCGACGAAAUUACAGGACAUAACUACUCUAACAUGCUUGAUGCACAACUUGAUGCAGUCUUUUCUGCAAUGAAAUUGCUUGAUUUUGAUGAAAUAGAAAUUGUAAUUGCCGAGACAGGGUGGCCAUCGAAGGGAGAUUCGUCCCAAGUCGGCGUUGAUGCUGAGAGUGCAGCAGAGUACAACAGCAAUCUGAUGCGACAUGUGAACUCUGGAGAUGGCACUCCUUUGAUGCCUAACCGAACGUUUGAGACGUACAUCUUUGCUCUAUUCAAUGAAAACCUUAAACCUGGACCGACAUGCGAGAGGAAUUUCGGGUUGUUCGAGCCAGAUAUGACACCAGUCUACAACAUUGGGGUUCUAAGGCCAACGGCUAGUUCGUCGAAUCCUGUGAAUCCCAGACCAUUUGCACCAGAAGAAGGCUUGACGAAAUGGUGUCUACCACGAACAGGGGCAGACAUGGAGGCUUUGCAGAGAAAUAUUGAUUAUGUGUGUGGGUUGGGGAUGGAUUGUGGAGCCAUUAAAGAAGGUGGUGAAUGCUUCCUUCCAAAUACAGUUCCAGCUCAUGCAGCUUACGCCAUGAACGUGUAUUAUCAAGCUUCGGGAAAGAACGAUUACGAUUGUGAUUUUGAGGAAACCGGGGCCAUCACCAAUGUGGAUCCAAGCUAUGGCAUGUGCAAGUACUGAUAGUUGAUGGAGCUAGUGAAUAUGCUCAUAAAGAAGGCUCGUGCACAGAAGAUAUGUAACGUUUCAUUAUUCUCUCUCAUCUUAACAUUUUCUCAUAUCCAAAGAAAAAGUGUAUUAAUGCCUACUCACCCGGAUUCCUUCAUGUGAAGGCACAUUCUUUUUGUUUAA